AUGGCCCACAGUCAGUCUCGGAAGCGAUCGCGAAGCAGGAGCAAAAGCAAUUCCCGGAGCAGACAGGAGAGGAAGGAGAAGAAAAGGAGGAAAAGCAGCAAGGACUCGCACCACGGCACUGCUCCACUCAGCCUCUUCUUAUGUAUUGCAGAAAAGAAGAAGGAAGGAAAGGACAAAAAGAAGAGGAAGGCAAGUACCUCUUCCUCUGAGACCGCAUCUUCAUCCACCAGCUCCUCCUCGUCUUCCUCAUCCUCCAGCUCCUCUUCUGACUCCAGUGACAGUGACUCCAAAACGAAGAAGAGUCGACACAGCAAAAAAAAGCAAGCGAAACAGAAAGACAAAAAGAAGAAGAAAAAGAAGAAGAAGAGAAUAAAGAAGAAAUCAAAAAAGAAGUCAAAGGAAGGGGCUAAGGAGGAGAAAGCCAAGGGAGAAGAGAUGCCCGGUCCCUCGCUGGAGCAGUGGCAGAAGGAGUCACUGGUGGACUCCGGACCAGUUUUGACAGAUGAACAAAAAUCCCGAAUCCAGGCUAUGAAGCCAAUGACAAAGGAAGAAUGGGACGCGAGGCAGAGUGUCAUAAGGAAAGUCGUGGAUCCUGAAACAGGGAGAACCAGGCUUAUUAAGGGAGAUGGAGAAGUACUAGAAGAGAUCGUCAGCAAGGAGAGACACAAGGAGAUUAACAAGCAAGCCACCCGGGGGGACGGGCUGGCCUUCCAGGUGAGGACAGGGAUGCUGCCGUGAGCGUGCA